AUACACAGGAGCCGCGCGUUGUAAGUGGAUGGUAAAUAAGGACGAACCUGUGCGCCAGGGGAACGAUGUCGAUAACCAAGACUUCGCAGGGUUUUGCUUGCGAUCCGGCAACGGAAGAACCACAGCCGGGAUCGUUGGAAUGGGCAAACUAUGUUCGGGCCAAAUGGCACCAAUCGGCGGUUGGUGUAGAGGGUCACGACGAGCUUCCCGACGAUGACGACGGAGACGAGAGCUUGGAAGCUACGGAUGAAGCGACAGAAGAUGAGUACGCCAACAGCCAACACCUUGAAAUCAAAGAGCAAAUGUACCAGGACAAGCUUGCGAGUCUGAAGAAACAAAUACAGGAGGUGCGCUGCCGUUCUCACCCGGAGUACGUACGACGUGUGCGCCGCCUGCAGGAAGAACUCGAUGAUCGGCUGUUGUUAAACGAGUGCUCCCGGGACUACCAGAUAAGCUGUGCCGAGCGGGACUGCAUACUAGAGAAGAACGCGGCGGCCAAGGAGUACGAGGAGAAGAAGGCCGAGCUAAAGGAGAACCUGGUGAACGAUCUGGAGGAUCGGAAGAAGAUGAUCGAGCUCGAAUUUUCGACCAUGGAGCUGAACGGCGAUUCGAUCGACGUGAAGCCGACCGUGACGCGGAAGUUGCGGCGCCGCCCCAAUGAACCGCUGCCGGUGCCAGAGAAGCGCCGCAAGCCAACCACCGGCCAGCUUGUCUUUCUGCUUGACGAGAAGGAGGUGGAGAACGAUUUGAAGCUGAUAUCGCGCGGCAAACCUGGCCCAUCAGCCCGGGCGCAGCAGGCCGCGAACGGUGGUGCGCCUGGCAGUAACCUGUCGGCGGCCACCAGUAACAGUGCGGCCGGCUAUUCAAGCUCCGCUUCGUCCGCUGUCGUGGGUGUCGGUGCUUUGGAGCACAAUGGAGCAGCUUCUUACAGUAGCAGCAGCAACAGUAGCAAUGGUGGUCCACUAAACCUAUCCCAACAUCCGUCGCAUUUGUCUGCCACCGGCAACCAGCAGCAUCAGCAGCAACAACAGACGCUUCCCGACACACGUAUCGAGGACGGAAAGCUGUUACACGAGCGUCGCUGGUUCCACCGUGGGCAGCCAGUCUUUGUCGAGGGCAAGGAACUGUCGCGCUUCUCCGCCAAUAUAUCCGCCAUCGGUAGCGAGGCAAUUUGGGUGAAAAAAACUGCCGACGGUCAAAAGUUUCGCAUCUUUCUCUCGCAUCUGCGCCGCGGCAAGGUGGCCAUCAAGCGUAGGGCGAACUAGAUUCUAUUGUUCUCGCGGAGUCGGAGACAUGAACAAAUGAAGUACGCGGUGUUUUUUUUUAUGAAAGCGAUCUAUCAAGAAAUAUCGCAUAUAUGAAGUCAUCACAUCCGUGUUUGAUGUGCUUUUUGAUCUUAAAGUAUUUUUUUUUUUACUUUACAUCCCCUACUUCCAUUCUUUACGGAGUAGGUGUAUGUUUUCAACAAUUAAGGCAAGAACUGCUUCUCACUAGAUUAGGAAUUGUGAGAUAAAUACAGAAUUGUGAAGAAAUACAUAUUUUUCCUCUUAAAUAA